GCAAGUGCGCAGGCGCAGACAUUCUGACAGCUUUUUCCCGCGUAUGAUCUCGUGUGUACGAACAAUUCUCAGAAGUGUAAUAACAAAACAUUAGUUUAAUGCAUUUUCAGGAUGAGUUUAGUGCGCUCCAUUGUGGAACGUGAAAGAGGCUCAGAAUUCAUACGUGAUUAUGACAUCGCAUUGUAUCGUUUAAAAUGCUACCAGGAUGAUGUUUAUCGUGGUAUAACACCGAACACGAAUGCACUCGAUUUUAAUCCAGAACCACCAGUUUUCGCGUGCCGUUUUUGUACUACAGAAGGGUACGAACAAAUAAUUGCCUUAGCGAACGAGGAUGGAAAAAUUGCAAUCCAAGAUACUAACGUUAAAGGGGUGUCCAAUCAACCAUUGGAGGGAACCCAGGCACAUUGUAAUGCAAUAUUUGACGUUGCCUGGAUGCCAGGUGAAUUAAAAUUGGUGACAGCUUCCGGAGAUCAUAGUGCCAGGUUAUGGGAUAUAUCUGGCUCUGAAAUAAGACAGGUUGACUAUUUUCAUGCUCAUACAAGGAGCGUUAAAACUGCUGUGUUUCGUUAUCAAGAUCAAGCUGUAUUUGCAACAGGGGCCAGGGAUGGCUUCAUUAUGUUGUGGGACAUUAGAGCCAACCAUCAAGAGCAACGUAAACCUGACAAUUGCAUUGCUAAUGCACAUAAUAUUGUCACCAUGAGCAACAUAAGACAGCGAAGAGCAAUUAAUCAUGCAUCUAGAGCACAAAGUAUUACCGGUUUAGCAUUUCAAGAUGAUGUUACUUUAUUGUCUUGUGCAGCUGGCGAUGGAUUAAUAAAGGUGUGGGAUUUGCGUAAAAAUUAUACUGUUCACAAAAAGGAACCUAUAGCUAAGCAUACAAUGAACUAUAAUGGGCACAGUACAAGAAACGGAUUCUCAUCACUGUUAAUAUGUCCAGCCAGAAUCACAUUGUAUGCAAGCUGUAUGGAUAAUGUUAUAUAUGCAUAUAAUAUAUCAUCGUAUAAUCCCAAUCCAAUUUCAGAAUAUUACGGGCAUCAGAAUUGUACAUACUAUGUUAAGACUUGUUUGAGUGCCGAUGGACGUUACAUAGCCAGUGGUUCUAGCGAUGAACUUGCAUAUGUAUGGCGCACAAAUAAACCAGGAGCACCAGUCGUUCAACUAUCUGGACAUACAGAAGAAGUUACUUGCAUUGCAUGGUGCAACGUUGGAGAAACUAAAAUUGUAACAUGUUCUGAUGAUUCCUGCCACAGAAUCUGGAGAGUUGGCUAUGAACAUAAAAUAGAUAAUGAGGAAGUACAAAUACGUGGCCAUGCUGAAAUUGUUCAUGCUAAGAAUCCUUUAGAGAAUUUAAAAUUAGAAACAACACCAACCAUUACUCGGCGUUGGGUUGCAUCCCAGGAACAUACUCCAGGAUCUGAUACCACACCUAGUGCUACUCCUGGUCCCAGUGAUAGUCUCAACCAGACCGAAUUUAAUCAAACUCAUUACAGUCUUAGUAAUUCUGUAAAAAGAACUUACUGCCAGAUGAUGAUGGGAUCGUGGUCUGAAGGAAAAUUCAAAUCAAUUUUGUCACCAAUACACGAAAAUAAUGAAUUCAUUGCGAAACGAGCACAUUUGGAAAAUCGUGGCGCGCGAAGAUUAUUUAGUCCAUAUCAUGAUAAUAACCGAUUGUACAAGGGCUAUGAAUCUGACGAGCCAAGCACAAGUUCAUUCACUCCAGAGAGUAAGAAUGAAAUCCUCUUUUCGCCUACGUUGAAUCUUCCGAAUUUUGUGAUUGACGGCACGGCACCACAUUUACUUCAAAUGUCUCCGGAGAAGUACAAAGAAAACGUUGAUUGGUUGACGAGAAUACGAAGAGAGAAAUUCGAGCAUAGAUCCGGAAAAUCAGUGUCAGAAAAAUUAACCGGUGUUACCACAACACCUGCCAGAAGAAAUAGCAGAUCACGAUCCACGGAACCGCAAAAACAAACGAAAUUAUCUAAAAGUUCGGCUCCCUCUUUAUUAAACUUCUUUAAGGUUGCGGGUAAGGAUAGUGAAACGAAUGCGUGUUGCGAUGACGUUAACGGCGUGCCUUCUGCAAAGUCUUGAAAGCAAACUGUUUUUCCUACAUGUACUGUAUUGUAAUUGUUUUAUACUUAUAGAUCUAGAAAUUUAUUUUAUAUACCAUAGAAUUACGUCCAAAACACGGACCAAUGAAUGUGAUGAGAAUUUCAGUAAGUUUUGUGAAUCAAUGCAUCUAUAAUGAAACAGCAACAAAUUUCAUAAUA